GGAUUCUGCAGUACAAGUCUUCAUGAACAAGCUGCACCGCUUAGAGAUUUCACGGCAUUCAAAGGUCACAGAACUGCCACUAUGGUUAAAUGUCUUGUUUAAUGGUUGAGAGGUGUGGAGAAAUCUCAUUUGAUAGUCCUGACCAGAAUGCCAAAUGUGUUCGCAUGCUAGGAGAUGCACGGGUGAGAGGUCAGACAGGGGUUCUCUCCGAGCGCCGCGGCUCCUACCCGUUUAUAGACUUCCGUCUUCUUAACAAUACUACACUCUCAGGGGAAAUCGGCACCAAGAAAAAAGUGAAAAGACUGUUAAGUUUCCAGAGGUAUUUCCAUGCGUCCCGGUUACUGCGUGGAAUUGUACCACAAGCCUCUUUGUACCUACUGGAUGAGGACUACCUUGGGCAAGCGAGGCACAUGCUAUCCAAAGUGGGAAUGUGGGAUUUUGACAUUUUCUUGUUUGACCGCUUGACAAAUGGAAACAGUCUCGUAACACUGCUUUGUCACCUCUUCAAUGUGCAUGGACUUAUUCACCAUUUCCAGUUAGACAUGGUUACAUUACACAGGUUUUUAGUUAUGGUUCAAGAAGAUUACCAUAGCCAAAACCCGUACCACAACGCUGUCCAUGCUGCUGAUGUCACACAAGCUAUGCACUGCUAUCUGAGGGAGCCCAAGCUUGCCAACUUCCUCACGCCGUCGGACAUCAUGCUCGGACUGCUAGCUGCUGCGGCUCACGACGUGGAUCACCCAGGGGUCAACCAACCCUUUCUCAUCAAAACUAAACACCACCUUGCCAGCCUGUACCAGAACGUUUCAGUGCUAGAAAAUCACCACUGGCGAUCUACGAUAGGCAUGCUUCGAGAGUCACGGCUCCUCGCCCAUCUGCCCAAGGAGGUGACGCAGGACAUCGAGCAGCAGUUGGGCUCCCUGAUCUUGGCAACAGACAUCAACAGACAGAAUGAGUUUUUGAUCCGUCUGAAAUCUCACCUUGACAAUCAGGAUUUGAGGCUGGAGGAUGCACAAGACAGACAUUUUAUGCUUCAGAUUGCACUCAAGUGCGCUGACAUCUGCAACCCUUGCCGGCUCUGGGAUCUGAGCAAACAGUGGAGCGAACGGGUCUGCGAAGAGUUUUACCGGCAAGGUGACCUGGAACAAAAAUUUGAACUGGAAAUAAGCCCCCUUUGUAACCAGCAGAAGGAUACAAUACCAAGCAUACAGAUCGGGUUCAUGACGUACAUCGUAGAGCCACUCUUUGAGAGGUGGGCCCAGUUUACAGGUGAUACCCCCCUAUCUGAAAAUAUGCUAAACCAUCUCAGGAGGAACAAGGCCAAGUGGAGGAGUUUGCUCCACAAGCAACACAGCAGUAGUAGGAGCAAUGACCACUCAGGUCAAGUGACUGGCAGCCAAGAACAGACUUUAAAUGAAGAAGAGACUCCUUAGUGGCAGCUUUGCACUUUUCCUUACAGCACUGCUAUCUCUGUCUUGAUCACAGCAGCAAGCAAAAUCCCGGGGAGCUAGGAGCCUCUUCAACACUGCGGAAAGGGAAGAAAUGGCAAAGCAGAAGCUGUGUAAGGGUCCUCACGAACAAACCCGCGGUUCUGCUGGGUUCCUUUCUGGAUCUCCUUUGCGUUCCUCUCCCCUCUCUUCCUUCUGCGCAUGCCUGAUGCCAUUUGUCACUUCUGGUCAUGAACUGCCUGAAUGCAGAGUCCCAGUCAGCAGUACUCAAGCCGGGCCGGUUACGGCUGCCGUGAAGCAGGGAGGAUUACUGAGACAACGGGAGAGAUACAGGCACUCUUGGUCAUAUAUUCAUUUACCACGAGUCAUACUGUGACAUAUGUAUAUAGGCCCAGAGCCCCAUAUGGUUUCCAGGCUGGCAGCUGGGCUGCACAUUAAACCACCAGCAUCUUCAGCAUCCAGAGGACACGGGCUGAGCGUGACAGCGCUCGCAGAGGGCAGAGAGAGUCUGGUUAUUUUAGUAAUUAA